AUGUGGUCUCUGCCGUUCCUCCUAGGUCCGUCUCUCUUGGCCGCCGUGAGCCAGGCCAGCAAGACGCCAUAUGAUCAAUACAUUCUCGCUCCCUCCUCACGGAAUCUGGUCCCUGAAUCCAUCUACCAGAUCAAUGGUUCGGUUUCGAACGCAGAUGUCCUGACCAACCCAGGCUCGGGAAAUGCCAUAUUCAACGGCCCUGCAUCCGUGACUUUCGACUUUGGCCGGAACAUCGGUGGCAUCGUCUCUCUCGACAUCGCAUCCGCUUCAUCCUUCGAUGCAUUCGUGGGCGUCACCUUUACGGAAUCCAGUCUCUGGAUCAGCAGCGAGGCUUGUGAUGCGACAGCAGACGCAGGAUUCGACUCACCCCUAUGGUUCCCGGUGGGUCAGGGCCCUGGGAAGUAUACCGCUGAAAAGAAGCAUAUUCGCGGUGCAUUCCGGUACAUGACGGUGGUAACCAACACGACGGCGUCGGUUUCUGUUCGCAGCGUUCGCGUGAAGUACACGGCUGCUCCGACUCAAGACCUCAGGGCGUACAACGGGUACUUCCACAGCGACGACGAACUGAUCAAUCGGAUCUGGUAUGCCGGUGCAUACACCCUCCAGCUCUGCACGAUCGAACCCUCCACCGGCGACAGUUUGACGACUCUGGGAGAUAUCUCGUCCACUGACAAUAUCACCCUUCCCGAGACCGUCCCAUGGUACAACAACUACACAAUCUCCAACGGCAGCAGCGUGCUGACCGACGGCGCAAAACGAGACCGCCUCAUCUGGCCCGGCGAUAUGUCCAUCGCGGUGGAAAGCGCUGCAGUUAGCACGGGCGAUCUGGAAAGCGUGAAGAACGCGCUCGAAGCCCUGUUCUCCCAGCAAAAGGCCAACGGCCGCUUGCCUUACGCCGGCCGGCCGUUCACCGACCAAGUCAGCUUCCCGUAUCAUCUGCACAGUCUGAUUGGUGUCUCGGACUACUACCGCUUGACUGGAGAUCGCACAUGGCUGUCCAAGUACUGGAAUCAGUAUAAGCGUGGUGUACAAUGGGCCUUGUCGAGUGUUGACCAGACGGGCCUGGCCAAUAUUACCGCUUCUGCGGACUGGUUGCGUUUUGGCAUGGGUGCUCAUAACAUCGAAGCAAACGCCAUCCUCUACUACGUCCUCGAUCAAGCCCAAGACCUAGCAACCACCCUCCACGACCAAACUGCGACCAACUGGAGCAGCAUUGCCUCGGGCAUCAAAGCAGCUGCCAACCAGCGCCUCUGGGACAGCGACGCAGGACUAUACCGCGACAAUGAAACCACUACUCUCUGCCCUCAGGACGGAAACUCCUGGGCCAUCAAGGCAAACCUCACUCUUUCCAAGAAGCAAUCUUCCCGUGUGUCCUCCUCGCUCCGCUCCCGCUGGGGUUUGUACGGUGCACCCGCCCCCGAAGCUGGAAAAACCGUGUCUCCAUUCAUCAGCGGGUUCGAGCUGCAAGCGCACUAUCUUUCCGGAAACGCCGACUCAGCCCUCGCGCUCAUGCGCACACAGUGGGGAUUCAUGCUCGAUGAUCCACGCAUGACCAACUCGACCUUCAUCGAAGGCUACUCGACGGACGGGUCACUCGUGUAUGCGCCGUACAACAACGACCCGCGCAUCUCGCAUGCACACGGCUGGUCCGCAGGCCCAACGGCCGCAUUGAUGUUCUACGCGGCUGGUCUACAUCUGACUGGACCAGCAGGGUCGACGUGGAAGUUUGCGCCGCAGCCCGGAAAUUUGACGGAUGUGGACGCCGGGUUUUCAACAAAGCUGGGUGCGUUCUCGACCAAGUUCAGUCGGACGGAUGACGGGUUCCAGCGGUUGUCGUUUAAUGCGCCUAAUGGGACGACGGGGGAUGUUGAGUUGGCUGGGACUAGGGGGUCUUUGGUUUCGAGGGAGGGAAAGCAGGUCGAGCUUGUUGAUGGGAAGGCGAAGGGUUUGGCGGGUGGACACUGGGAGCUGAAAUAA